AUGUUCUCGUCCUUCUCGUGGCUUCCCUCCCUCCCCUCCAUCGACUUCGCACUUCCAGCAGCCAUCCAGAAGCGUUUCAUCUCAUUUGCGCUUCGCCAAUCUCUCGGCCACUUCCUCAAGCCCGGCCAGUUCGAUGUCCAGCAAGUCGACUCGCAGAUUGGAUCUGGCUACGUUCAGGUCCGAGAUCUCGAGCUGAACAAUGAGGCUAUCAACGCGCUCAUCUCAGCCCUUCCCAUUCGUCUCCACGAUGGCUCCCUAGGCAAGGUCACCGCUCGCAUCCCCUGGCCAAAUCCUCUUACCUCCUCCGUCGGGCUCUCUCUCGAGUCCCUUCAUCUUACCUUCUACCUCGAGCCCAAUGUUGUUCCCAAAGACGAACGCCCUUUUGUGGAUAGUCUAGCCGAAUCUGUUGCAUCCGUUGCGGAGACAUUCAUCCACGAGGAGCUCACUCCAAACGAAGAGGCAACGUUGCGGGAGUCCAUCCAUCCCGAGUUCUCUUCUCCUUCCCAGAAGAGGUCAGAGGAGCACGUUCCAGGAGGGUUGGAUCCUUUCAUGUCGGAGGAGGAAGUUCACUUCAGCGAUGCCGAUCCUCCUGGAGUUUCUAUAUUCGCAACUCUCAUAGAACGACUCCUCGCUCGUUUUCAGUUCGACGCAACGGAUACUAGGAUCACGAUCGUCAAUCCUGGGCAAGCUUGCUUCACUCUCAUCAUACCGGACAUUCGCUAUGGAACCCAGUCUCAGGAUUCGUCCUCUCGUUCAAGUAAUACAGAUGCAUCUAAAUCCCCCCGAACGACACUUACCGGAGAAGUACGGAAAGUCUCUAUCAGCGGGAUCACCCUGACGACACGGUGUUUGCGUCCUAUGAGCCCCCAUCCCCUUACGCCAUGCUCACCCGUUCUCACCCCGAAGACUCUGUCUCCAACGAUGUCCCACACAGGACUUUCAGCAUCCCAGAUGAGUGUAUCUGUCACAGCCCUCGAUGUCCAGCCUCAUGACACCGGAGAGGAACCGUUCAAUGAAGCCCCAGGCGAACCAUAUGAGCCUACCGCGAUGGAUCCGCCACCUAAUCUAGAAGACUCAAUACACAUUGUUGUGGACCAGGGUGCAGGCACGAUAGAGCCAUCGUCUCCCUACUCUGAUUCCUCGGAUAUGGAUGAAGACAUUCAAAUGUUCAUGUCGCAGUCUAUUGCGCUCCUUCCACCGCGCCCAGUGUCGCCCACAAGUUCAGUGGCUAGCAGCAUGUACCAGAGCGCCGUGUCAACAGGAGGGGAAGUGGCGUUGGACGACAUUCCCGAGGAGAACUCAGUGCAUUCACGGAGUGCGACGCCUCCCGCGGAACCAUCUCCUCCCCCGUCCCCGCUGCAAUCUGCGAGCGCAUCCACUCCGAAUUCUCCGGAACCUUCCCCUCGACCGUCUCCUCGACCAUCCCCUCCAUCAUAUCCCCCGCUUUCGUCACCACAACAGACGUCUAUCGAAGAUGUUGUUCCGGACCUUCAGCCUAUGCCCCACUCAAUACCACAGCUCGUCCAAGACGUCGUGCAAGAUCCAGCAACCAAAGACGAAACCAUCUUGUCUUUCGGAUCCGAACCGAUCGAGCUGCGCUUAACUACACCACCUCCCUUCCGUGCUGCAGAAACACCAUCUUCUGAAGCGUCUGCUCCCAAGUCGACUCAACCAGAAGCCGCCAGACCACUUGCGGGCUACGAGAAAGUUCGCGUCGACGUCUCAAUGGGUAUCAUCGCAUGUGCUUUUAACGCCCGCCAGAUUCGGAGCAUCAUCGACGCCGUAGAACUGUGGACGUCUCACAGUGCACCAUUCAUUCUUCCAACUGCGCCCGAUGCGUCAGGCAAAGUCGCGGGGUCGUCACCCAUUCCUUUGGAUGAUAUUGAAGGCACCAUCUACUGCCGUGGCCUGAUCUUCCUUCUUCUCCCAGCCCUUCGAACUUCCGCGUCUGGUCCUGAUGACGCGCUGACGGAGUUCUUUGCUCGUCCGCUGGUCCCUCCCCAUCUCCCCCGCGGGUAUGGGAGAUUACACCUCGAGACUGUCUCGUGCUCCUUCACUUCCAAGCGCGAUGGGCCCACAGGGAGCAAACGAGGCUCAUCAAAGAAGCCGGUUUUACCCUCCAUGACAGAGUUGAGCGCCUCUCCCAUCUUGAUCUCGGAUCCCAACCUUCCGUCACAAUAUCAUGUCGCGCACAUCCACCCAACCUUGGUCCCUUCAUCAGUGGAAUCAAGCUCCGUUUUGCCUACUUUCGACAUUAUCGACUGGACAGCUCCAACACAACGGAGUUCGGCAGCGAAACUGUCGAUGUGGAGGACGAGAGCAUCUCAACCCCCGUCGAGAGGUCAUCGGAAGUCGUCUAGCUCACCGGUCCAACAUCGCAUACCUGUCGCUCUUCCUUCGUCCCCAGGGAGGUUGGGUCUAGCCGGGCUCUCUUCCCCGUCUAGCAGAACCAUUCAAGACGCGACUAAAUCAUACGCUCCGGCUAUUGCAGUUAUGUUCCGAAGUGCAGCAUCUCCCGCCGAAGCUGCAGAGGUUAACAUGUCCUUAGCGCCUCUACACGUCUUUGUGGACGCUGGCAUGCUUCUCUCACCACGAGAGCACGACAAGAGCGAAUUCCUUCAAUUUGUCGAGGAGAUCACUGCUCCAUCUCGCCAGUAUUCUCCCACCGUUGCUGGGGCAGGUGGUGAUGAAGACGGAGCUGUUUUAGACAUACGGAUGAAGAACGUCCAGUUACUCCACGCCCUAGAGCAAGAACGCGAAAGGCGCCGUCUGGAGCGGCUUGUUCUGGAAGACCUUGAUCUUGGAUUUGAUUACCGGGAGCAGAGAAAGUCCCCCACAACUCCAACCCGGCGCUCCAAGAGGCGAACCGAACGCUCAUCACCCAGCACUAUUGUCACCGUCAAUCUGCCAGCUCUCCGAGUCGAGAUCCGGACCCCCCCUCCGAAGACCAAGGACCCUCGUUCAGGGGCUGUUGUCCUCGAUAUUCACGACCUUCGCUUGUCUCCUGGCUCUCCACCUGAACAAGACAGCGGACCCAAGGCGAGAUUCGGCACGGCCGAAGAGAUUUUUAAUGCCGAUGCGUCAGGUCCGAAACCAGAUGGUCUAGGAAGCGUCCUCUUGGGUGCUAGUUGGCAGCGGAUCGUUGUUGCAUACGUGCCACUCAACGCCAGCAAGGCCCGUACUCUUCUGUCUCUUGGUUCACUGUCAAACUCUUCUGGUGGCGACGAGGCUGGCUUUGGUGUCGGCUCCCCUCCUGCCCGCGAGCCAUCAACCCCCGGACUACGACCGCAGCUCAUCGUCAGCCGUGUGGGACUCGGUCCCCUGGCUGCAUCGAUUGACAUCCCAUCGAUACACGUGGAACUUUCUAAGCCUACCAUCGACGGCUUGCAACUGUGGGCGGACGACCUCACACAGCUUACGGAAGCUGCGUUCUCGGAGCAGCCGGGCUCUGGCGCCAACUCUCAGAAGGGAGGCAGCGGGGAUUCGAGUUUGAUUGGGAGCCGGUACUUCGCUCGCGCGAGCACGGUUGGCAGUGGGACGGAGAGUGGAGCCACGAGUUUAGCGAACACAAUUCGGGCGAAGAAGGAACCACGCAGUGAGACGGCAGUCAAGAUCGCCGUCACUGAAGCCGUGUUGAGGCUCCUUGCGCCAAGAGAACAAGCCGGAGCCGUAGUACGGCCAUUCGACAUCACUGCUUCCGAUGUGGAUGUGCUGCUAGAGCUUAAGCCUGAAGGAAAGGAUGAGACCGUAGUAACUGUUGGAGUGAGCGAGUUGAAUAUCUUCGACACGACGUCGGCGGAUCGUUGUUGCUACUUGUCGCUCACAUCCCCUCGGUCCUGGUCUGUGACCGCAAGGUCGGCAUUGAAGCUUCGUUUCACGUCGUUGAUUGUACCCGAGACGACUGCGAAGGAGUCCAGGGUGCGGCUCACUGUGUCAGGAAUCACCUACACCUUCUACCCGGAUAUCUCGUGGGCCGAGGACCUAGGCCGUUUCUUCAAGGCCCCCCCAGGGGCCUUCGAGUCUGUGGUUCCAAGCGAACGUACAAGGAUCAACCUCAAAGUCCAUGACACCUCUAUUCGUCUCUUCGCCCCCACUCAUAAGGGCGCGCUGUUGCCGUACAUCGAAGAGGCGGAGUUAUCGACUGUCAUUGAAGGCAAUGCCCCGACAGUGUCCAUGAACCUCUCAGUCACUUCGUUUUUGCUGCUAUUCAUCGACGACUUGUCCGGAAACCAGGAUGAACCAGGCACGCCACGGCGACCGACGGGUUCCGGAGUUACAUAUUGGAAGAAAUUUGGCUAUGCGCUGGUAGUGGAGCUUAACGAACUUGCCCUGAUACUCAAGCAGGACACUUCCCUCAAGCCUCCUGAUAUCCGGUUGUUCAUUGACCGGGGAGACCUCCGUUUGCAUAUGUGUGCGGACACAAUGGCUGCUGUAGGUGCAUUCGGUGGUGACCUAGCUUCCGCAUUCAGGCCUCCUGUUGUCGAAUCAUCGGAGCCCAAACGUAAACGCGAACCGGCAAGAGUCAACGACAAGCCUACGCCAUCCCGCGGUUUACUAGCAUCUCUCGACGAGUAUGCCUUCAGGAGGCUUCCCGAAGUCGGUGCUGCUCCAGACAUGAUUGAUGACGAUCUUCCUACCAAUCCGGAUUACCUGGACGAGUCUUUCGGCGCCGCCGCCGGUCUUCGCGAGAUUAGCGAUGAUGAGUUCGAUGAGUCUGAUCUCGAGUCUUCCUUCGUGGCUGCCGGCGGAGGCGCGACGGCGGGAGCUUCGUCGGCGUUCGGUGGAGAGACAAUCAGGAUGCUACGACCCGAGGGCCUGCACAUUGUGGAGAAUUAUUUCGAGACUUUACCUCCUAACCCUGGAGAGGCUUCUAGCUUUGGAGACACUACGUUCCAGGCGAGGGUGAAAGAUUUCGACGUCACUGUGAACCUGUAUGAUGGAUACGACUGGGUCAGGACAAGGAAGAUUAUCGAGGAGAAGGCUAAGGAAAUGCGACGACGAUUGGCCAAGAUUCGGCAACUCCGUCGAAGAAACGACACGCUCCUGUUCAACUCGGUCUAUAUCGGCCUCGAGCACAACAUCGACGAACUGGAGCCAGGGGCUUUGAUAGCGGCAAUUGACGAAGAGCUGAACGAAGAGUUUGAGACCAACACGCAAAGCUCGUGGCAGUCUCUCAAGCCUCAACCUCUCGCAUCUCCAGGUCGCGGGGGCUCACAAGCUUCGAAACCGCACAAGAGGCGUCUGCAUCGAUCCAAAGGCCCUAGUAUAGAGAUCCGUCUCAUGACCAUCCGCGCUGAGUUCGACCAGGUUUUCGCGACUGUCCAGGAUCUCGAGAUCCUCGACCACAUUAAGACUUCGACUUGGAAGAAGUUCCUCACAAGCCUUCGUGCAGACUCGCGCGGCAAUGUGCGCGAGACUGACUCCAACAUGGUCCGAGUUGAGCUGCGCAUGUUGCAUCCUGUGCCAGGUCAUCCCUCUCAAGAAGCUAGGCUAAGAGCCAAGAUCCUACCUCUUAGACUACACGUAGAUCAGGAUGCCCUCGACUUCUUGAAGCAAUUCUUCGCGUUCCAGGACCCCGACGCCGCGCCUCUGAAGGAGACGGACCCCGCAGACGACAUAUACUUCCAGCAAGCGGAAGUCUUCCCGGUCGACCUCAAGCUGGACUACAAGCCUCGUCGCGUCGACUACCGGGCCUUGCGGGACGGUCGUACCAUCGAGCUCAUGAACUUCUUCCACUUCGACGGAGCGGAAAUGACCCUCAGGCAUAUCACUCUCAAAGGGAUCACCGGAUGGCCACGCUUCUUUGACCUCCUCAAUGACCUGUGGACACCUGAUGUCAAGGCCACUCAGCUAGUAGAUGUCAUCUCGGGCGUCGCUCCCAUCCGCUCCGUCGUGAACGUGGGCUCUGGUGUAGCGGAUCUCGUCCUCCUUCCCAUCGCGCAGUACAAGAAAGAUGGUCGUGUAUACCUCGGAUUGCAGAAGGGCACUAACGCUUUCAUGAAAUCGACGGCCAUGGAAGCUAUCCGCCUCGGUGCGCGCCUUGCUACCGGGACCCAGGUCAUUCUCGAGCAAGCCGAAGGAGUUCUCGGCAACCAGUUCAAGGACUCCGUGACCGCCGAGACUGUGCAGUCGCCAGUGACUGUGGAUAUUGACGAUAUGGAGCUCGAUGAGGACACGAGGGACCUUAUCAGUAAAUAUGCCGAGCAGCCGUCGAACGUCAAGGAAGGCAUGCAAUCGGCAUACAGGAGUUUGAAGCGCAAUCUCAACUCCGCAGCGCAGACCAUCCUCGCAGUUCCCAUGGAGGUAUACGAGCGUUCUGGAAACGAGGGUGCUGUUCGCGCCGUCGUUCGAGCGGUUCCCAUUGCCGUGCUGAAGCCCAUGAUUGGCGCUACGGAAGCUGUCAGCAAGACCUUGCUUGGGCUCCAAAACACGUUGGACCCCAACAUUCGUCAGGAGAACGAAGCCAAAUACAAGCAGCGUUAG